AUGGGCACGAGAGUGGCAGCAGCGCAUUUUUCGGACAAGACGUUCGCCGGGGUGCCUCAGCUGCUAGAGGACCUGCAAAAAUUGGCCGACGAUCAUGAAUCAGCCGAUAUUGUGUUCCUUAUUGGUCGGGAAGAAGUGCCCGUUUAUGCCCAUCGAAUAAUAUUAAUGACGAGGUGCAAGAGCUUUCAGUCGGUGAAGCGGAGUGAGAUAUGUCGCAUACCCGGUUGUUCUGUAUCGCCGUCCGCACCCGGGACGCCAACCCCUAUCCGGUUGCCACAGUUCCAGGGCGAGACUUUCAAACAGUUCAUCAAUUAUGUGUACACAGGCAAGAUCGUUUUGCAAGAUGGCGGGGUUUUCGAAAUGCUCACUCUGGCUCAAGAACUUGGUGUAGAAGACCUGCAAAACAAUUGUGAAGAGCACGUGACUUCGACCAUGUCCGUGUUGAACGCUUGCACAUUUUUAGCUGCAGCUAUGGACAUACAGGACAGAGCUUCCACAGGCGGAAAGGGCGCAAAGUCCUUCGUCGAUCGAUGCGUUUCGUUUGUGGGCGAGAACGCGGCGAAAUGCGUAAAGACCAACUCGUUCCUGAACCUACCCAAGGAAUCUCUGAUCAAACUCAUAUCGUCGGAUUGCCUAGCGCUCGAAGAAGAGGACGUAUGGCGAGCCGUGGUGAACUGGGCGAAAUUUCACGCUGGCGUGGUGCAGCGGACAGCUCACUGGACCGAAGAGGAACGGGCCAGGGUGUGCCAACAUUUAUCCGGAGUCAUCAAUCACGUCAGAUUAUUGUUGAUAGACUCUCAGGUGUUUGCCGAAGAAGUGGAACCGACGGGUGCCGUGCCCAUAGAAAUGUCUCUGGAACGGUACCGUUUCGCAGCGUUACCGAACAAAUUCAAAGAGAUACCGGACGACCAUCGUCUGCAGCCACGAGUCAUGCUCAAGUUCUUUUCAGGGUCUCAUAUUUUAAGUCAAGAUAAAACCCACCUGCAACGCGUGUUAAACCAGUGGUAUGGCAGUGUGAAACAGUGUUGGAGGUUGAUCUACAGAGCGUCCACAGACGGAUUUUCCGCCGAAUCAUUUCACAAGCACUGUGACGGUGUGUCGCCUACCUAUGUUUUAGUAUUGGGCGUGAACGGCUGGCUGUGCGGAGGAUACAGUGACGUGCCGUGGGGUAAGAGUCACACCAAGGGUGCUUACAUGGUGUCCGACAAGAGCUUCCUAUUUUCGCUCAGCACCACUCAAGACACCCCACCAAUAAAAUACGAUAUUGUUAAAAAACCUUACGCUAUUUGCUACCAUCAAGAGAUAGGUCCGAUAUUCGGAGCCGGCGCCGACCUGCUGAUCGCCAACAAUUGCAACGCAAACAUGGACAGCUACAGCAACCUGCCGCACUCGUACGACGGCGAAAACGCGACGACCAACUCGCUGAUGGGUGACUACAAUUUCACCGUGGCCGAUUACGAAGUGUUUACGCCCGUCUCGACGUCGAAAUGA